UUAUUACAAAAUUUCGAAACUAAGGGAUCCCGGGAAAAUGGCGGCGCCCAUGAAAAACAAUUCCCAGCCUUUCUGCAUGUUUAAAUGAAAACAGCAGAGUAAGGAUAAUGAAAUAAAGAAAAAGAUUUCCAAAGAAAAAUAUUGGUUAUUAAUUUGGUGAUGUACGGCGGUCUUCUACUGCCAAACAGUGCCAGUGCAAUAACUUGAAAACGCUUUGACGAAAUCUUUUCAAAUUUAGAUGUGAUAUGGAUUUUCCUGACAAAUCAUUUCAGUACCAACUGUACAAACCAAGUAAGAAAAGAGAAGUUUUCCUUUCCUAUGGUUCUCAUGACAACAUAGAUAUUGAUAACAUAGCAGAAAAACAGUUUUAUCCACAGAAGAUUCCUGAAGGUUUUUUGAACAAAAAGAUAUCAUUCAAGCCUUGUAGACCAGCACUUCCAUUACAUGAAAAACCACAAAUUGUUGAAUACCCUCUCAAAGACAGAGUGACUGAUCCAGUAACAGAUGAAAGGAAAGAGAUUGUUAGUCUGAUUCAUAAUCUAAAAUAUAACAGAGGGAUAGUAAAAGUGAAACCUGGGAACACCUUAAGAAAAUCAGCAAACUACAAAUGCUUCAAUGGUUUAAAGACAAGACUUGAAGAGUUCAAUAUUGAGGAGGACAAUAGAGAUGAUAUUGAGAUCAAUGAUUUUUUGCCAAAACAGUUCCACCAUUUAGUGCAUCUAUACCAGAAGUACAAAGAUAUUACAGAAAUACAGAAAGUAAAUUCCUUUUAUGCAGAUGGUUGUCUGGGUUACAUGCCUUCAAGUUCAUCAGGGUCAGCGGGAUGUUUAAUCAGACCAUUAGGAAGUUUUCAAGAAAUCAAACUAUCAUAUUUGGAAUAUGAUGACAUGGAAUGUGCGACUGUAAAAAACAUUGGUUAUAUAGAUACUGGUGAAGAAAUAUAUGGAACCACUGCUGGCAGUACCAGAGGUGAAGGUUUUAUUGUAUCCAGGCAUUCAACAAAAUGCAAGAUGUAUAGAUACGAAGAUGAUUUGAAUCCACCACUUGUUGGUGAAUUACAGUUAGAGAGAUUUCAUCCCACAUCACAGUGUCUAAGUCCAUAUAUUCCUGGAGAAUGUUUGACGGCAACUAAUGUAGGGUCUGUUUACCUGUGGUCUCAAGAAAGAAAAGAAGAAAUCUUACAACGAAACAACCACAGAUUCUCCUGUCGAGAGGAGUGGCGUCAAGCAAUAUUUAGCAGCCAUCCAAGACAGGUUGUGUCAGCUGACUGUACUAAAGUAGAAAUGUUUGAUUUGAGGAAAAAACCAAAUGAUGGAAUGGACUUGUUUGCCUUACCAAGUAGAUUCCUACAUCCCAAUGAGAGAAUACGAAUAAUCAAACAACAUUCACCAUUUAUGUAUGUUAUAGCUACAGACUACUCGCUGAUUCUUGUAGACGAACGUUUUCCGGGGCAUCCUCUUUUACAGUGGCAACAUUUAUUAAGAAAUCCUCCUCAGUAUUUGUCUAUUCUGGCUGAUAUAGGCAAGGAAAAGCAGAUCCUCAUUUCCAUCGCAAGUCAAAGUCCUAUGGAAACUUAUUGUUAUAUGUUUCAAGGUGGAGCUCAUAAAACACUUCAAGGAAUUGGAUCACCCUGGCAGUUGAGUAGGAUUGAUGAUUUCACCAAAUUUGAUGAGAUAUGUAAAACAACAGAUAAAAUUUCAGUGGAGCACAAGUACAAGAGAGAUUCUCUGUUAGGAUUACAGUGUGUACCAUUCAAAGAUGGAUUUGUAGCUUAUCAGUUGGAUGUUUAUGGUGACAUUUACUACCAAGUAUUUCAGCCAACCAAUCAAAAUACUGAUAAAACAUUUGCUGCAGGACCAGGCAUGAAUGACCUUGUUCUUGAUGAGGUCACAAUCAAAAAAGGAAGAAAAUGGAUAAAGGGAGUGAAUAAAGCUUGGGAUGAAUGGAAUGAUGAUGAGACCAGAUUUAUACCUUCUUCAGAUGUUACUAGUUUUUUUGAGGAGAUAGUCCUGGAGAAACCAUCCCACAUUAUGUGUCAGCUUUGUAAUGGAGAAAUAAAUACUAAUGGUCCAGAUGAUGAAAAUAUGAAUGGCAGCAAACAGUGCAAGGGAGAUAAUUCUGAUGAAUUUUGUCAUGCUUGUAGACAGUAUAUAAGGACAGGAAAACUGAUCGCUGAUAAUGCAACAAAAGACAGAGUUUGUAGUAUUUCAUCAGAAGAGCUGAAUUCUCUCCCUAAUGUUGCCUCACUCCCUACAGAUGUCCUAAGUCAGAUGAUAACAAGAUUAUGGAAGGAGGAACAUAUUGAUGACUUACUUCCUCUAAGGGAUGAAGAAGUUAAGAGGAAGCUUGAAAAGCCUAAAGAAAAGAAGAAAAGGCCAGUUAAUGAAUUAAAUAUCAAUGGCCUCCCUCCAGCCCUUGUGGAGAUGAUGGAAGAUGCAGAUGACAACAAUUUUAUGGGUGAUAUUGAAACUGGUGGACUUAUGACUGCAGGAGAUGAUAGCAUGGACCUUUUUACUGAUGAAGAUUCUCAGGGUGACAGUGAGGGCCUUGAAAAGGAGGAUAAAUCAACAACAAGAAGGAGUGAACAAGAAACUUUAGAAGCAGCAAGAGAUACACUAAAACUAGGAACUAUUAAUGUUUUAACAAAGGAAAAAGUAAUGAAAGACUUGUCAGCACAGAGAAGGAGACAUUCUUCUAUAUCAAGUUUGUCUAGUAUUCAGAGUUUGGGAUCAACAAGAUCAAGUUCUCUUCCUGGGUUUAUGAGAACACUCACAAGGAAAUAUCAAUCACCUGUCAAAAAGCGAACAGUAAGAAAAGCUGAAAAUGAUUCCGAUAUAUCAAGUGCAGAUCUUUUGGAUGAGGAAUUUUUAUCUCAGGAAUCAAGACAAACUAUACAAAUGUUUUCAAAUGUGCAGUCAAGUUUUCUAGAUCUAUCUGAAAGACACAUUGACUCUGCUUCAAAACGUGUCAGAAUUGAUUCAUUACCUAAUAGUCCAAAUAUAUCACAAUUAACACCGUCAUUGUCACCACAGAAAAAGACCAGAGUGAAAAAGAAAUUUGUAUCAGGGUUUUAAUACUUACUGAUUUUAACAUAAUAUAUAUAUUUUAAUGAUAUAUUUGUAAGCAAUCCAGUUUUUUUUUAAUUAUAUAAAUAAAAUUUAUCCUACUGAA